AUGGGUCCUCCCUGAGAGGAACAUGUCGGGCGUGAAUGCAAGACGUAAUUGCUCGGGUCUUGAUUGAUCUGGAGAGGAGGUGUUGUCUUCAGAGGGACCCGCAAGCGAAUUGAGCCAUUCUGCGCUCUGAUGCCAAGCGCACAUGGAGGACUGUGCCAAACCCUUCUCUCACCUUGCGAGCGCGCCGUCCACGGAUCUUGGAUUUCCAUUGUAGCAGGACCAUAGAUGUUUAAUGCUAUGCUGUAGGGAUUUUAUAGACAGAAAUUAACAGGACAGUAUUUUGGAAUCAAGGUGAGGCUGUCGACGGAGUGAUUUUACGCAUCGCUAUCUCAGGUCAAGUUGCUCUUAGUCAUUGUUUCACAUCAGCCGAGCGCGAUUUAGACUUUCCAAAGAGGUCAAGGUGUUAGUUUUUUGCCGUAAUCACGAUUAUAUUAACACGAGAGCGGAGUGGAACAGUACCCGGACUGUGGAGGAAAGUUUGGAGAGCAUCGGGGAGCGCGCACACAUCAGUCCGAGUGUCCGUGAGAUGGUGCUGUAAAUGGUGGGGCAAUGUCCCGACGGAAGCAAGGCAAUCCACAGCAUCUGUCCCUCACACAGAGGGACACCAUACCCACUGCGGUCGAUCAUGAUGUAGGGGCGGGACAGUGCCCAUCAGAGGUGUCUUUAGCCAGCCCUGUGGUCGAAGCCGGAGAGAGUGACCUGCUGACCUGCGGUCAAUGUCAAACCAACUUCCCCCUGGGAGAUAUCCUAGUGUUUAUCGAGCACAAGAGGAGACUGUGCCCUGGACCUGGAGCAUGUUUCGACAAACCGUCAGACUGUGGCAGCACCCCGUCCCCCAGACCCCCACGUGCAGAAGUGUGCCGGAGGUCUGGACCGGUGGAGGUUGGGAUCCAGGUCACGCCAGCAGAGGAGGAGGAGAAACGACUGACGCCUUCAAGAGGAAUCUGCCCCAAGCAGGAGGGCGUCCCAACAGGAAAAGAUGAGCCCUCCAGUUACAUCUGCACGUCAUGUAAGCAGCCAUUUACCAGUGCAUGGUUUCUGCUGCAGCAUGCGCAGAACACCCAUGGGAUCCGAAUCUACCUGGACACCCACCCUAAUAAUUGUUCACUUACCCCACGUAUGGCCCUUCCUCCACCACUGGGGGCUGAUGCCCUGCCCCGCUCCCCUCUUGCCAGUUUUCUGGGUGAUGGCUGCAACCCUUUUCAACUGUUACGUAUGGCUGCCCCACUGCUACGAGAGCCACUGCCCCCUGGGUACAUGGAAACCCGCUUGCCAUCUACCCCUUCUUUUGUAAGCCCUCCACCACCCCGCCAUCCUCUGGAACGCCUUGGCCCAGAGGAAAUGGGCCUCCUGUCCCAGCAUCCAAGUGCAUUUGAGCGAGUGAUGCGGCUGACACCUAUGGGCAUAGAACACUCAAUGGGCUUCUCUCAACGUCUUCGGGAUUUGGCGGGCAACAACAACAAUGGUGGGCCAACCCCUCCUCUUUCCCCUAACCGUGUACCACCAAUGCAUCGGCUUCUUAGUCCCAGCCUUUUCCAGCAUGGCUCCAAACCUCCACCUUUCCUAACCUCACCCUCACAGCCACAAUCAGUACCAUCCAGAGGCAAUUCCUCACCACCACUAAACCAGGUCGGCAAAGCCAAGUCCUGUGAGUUCUGUGGCAAGACUUUCAAGUUCCAAAGCAACUUGAUAGUGCACAGACGAAGUCACACUGGUGAAAGGCCCUAUAAGUGUCAUCUCUGUGACCAUGCAUGUUCGCAGGCCAGCAAGCUGAAGCGCCACAUGAAGACCCACAUGCACAAGUCAGGCUCCAUGGGGAGCUCACCUGAGCAGGGAGGGCAGGACUCAGUCGGAGAAGGGCUUAAGAACAUAGAGGACAGUGGCACAAGGGAAGGAUUGGAUAAUGAGGAGGAUGAAGAAGAAGAAGAGGAGGAGGAAGAAGAUGAGGAAGAACAGCAUAAUGGGAGCAGGCCUGAGUCCACCCUGAGCAUGGACUCAGAAUUGAGCAGAAACAGAGAGAAUGGCCCAAGACCCUCACCAGUGGAGAAGCCUCUGGCAUCUGAAAGAGUGACAGAAAACCAAUACAACAAUCUCGACAAUCACUUGAGACUGCCACCGGGCAGCAGGCCACGCGAAAAGAUGGAUGUAGAUUCGGAAGCCAGGGAGAUUGACAGAGACGGACGGCCCAUGUUGAACGGUAGAGGCUGCUAUCCGGAGAAUCCAAUCUCAGCGUUAUUCUACCGGAAGCCCCUGCCUAUUUCCAGUCCGAGCCUAUCUGGGUCAUCUGCCAAGAGGAUCAAGGUGGAGAAGGAUGUGGAGUUGCCACAGGUUCCCAUCGUCUGCCCUGAAAAUGUGUACUCUCAGUUGCUAGCCGGGUAUGCUGCAUCCCGCCACUUCAUAAGGGAGCCCUUCCUGGGCUUCAGUGACUCCAGGCAGUCACCUUUCGGCACUUCUUCCGAGCACUCCUCAUCUGAGACAGGCAGCCUGCGCUUCUCCACCCCUCCAGGGGAGAUUCUGGAGGGGGGUGGGAUGUCAGGACGAAGUGGAAGCAGUACACCUCACCUUCAGCUGCGGGGUCCUAGGCCAGGGAGACCACCCAGCUCCAAGGAGAGCCGACGGAGUGACACCUGUGAGUUCUGUGGUAAGGUGUUCAAGAACUGCAGCAAUCUGACCGUGCAUCGGCGCAGCCACACAGGUGAGAGGCCUUACAAGUGUGACUUGUGCAGCUACGCUUGUGCCCAGAGCAGCAAGCUUACCCGGCACAUGAAGACGCAUGGGCAGUUUGGCAAAGAGGUGUAUCGCUGCGAUAUUUGCCACAUGCCAUUUAGCGUGUACAGCACCCUGGAAAAACACAUGAAGAAGUGGCAUGGAGAGCAUUUGGUGACCAAUGAGGUCAAACUCGAGCAGCCUGACAGGGCUUGAGAACAUUUACUAAUGCACUGUAUUAUGGGUUUAGCUGGAUAGUCUUUCUCUUGAAUAGAUUUUUUUUUUAUUUUAGAUUUAUGUUUUAUUUUAUUUUUUGUUUGUUUUGAUAUUUUUUAAAUUUUUUGACAAGUAAAUCAAACUGCCACCUGAGAAAAAAGAACACAGGGGAGUGUUAUUCUGUUGUUCUAAAAACCCUUCUUGCAUUUCCCUGCAACUAACAGAGGAGUAGUCCAUUAUGAAUUCAUGGAGCCUUUCUAAUGUGCAAUAAUUUCUGUAUUUAUUGGAUUAUUUGUUAUUAUCAAUGGCAUGUGCAGGUACAUUAUCGAUAGGUUUCUAAUGCAUUCAGUUCCUGAAAUUAUAUUUCUACACCCUAUCUUAUGAUAUGACGAAUACUGAGAAUUUGGCAUUCAGCCAACUUUCAUGUCUUUAACUAGUUUCCUUAAAGGAAUAAUAUCUGGUAAUUUCUAAAGAAGAGGUCAACUUCUAAAAAUCUGAGAAAGUUUUCAUGUUAUAGUUGCUGUCAAUGGCCCCUUUUGUCUUGUGUGAUAUACAAUAGCUAGACGUAAAGCACCAAAUGUCACUUUGACAAUAAAAUAUUGAAAAAGUUUUAGGGGGCAAAAAAACCCAGGGAUAUUUUAAGGCAGCUGAUAGGCAGUUUGACUGCAUUUGAAUGAUUUUCUAUUAACAACCCUUGAAAUGUUCAUCAACCUUGAGAAUGGCAGUCAUGUGCAAAUCACAACAACAAAAUGUCCUCUACAAUCCCUUAGUUCCUGUGUAUAAACAGUGUUGAGGCAACCAGUGUUGUAUUUAUUCCUGACAAUAUUUUUUCAAAAGUUUUGUUAAACCCCAGAUUUGAGGGUUUACUAAAGUGUUUACGUUCUGUAAUUAACCUCCAUACAUCUCUUCCACCUACAUAAUCUCUUAAUUAAUUUUCAGUGCUUUCCAAAACAUGUAUAAGGUUGAAUCCUUUCAUAUGUUAAUGGUAUUAUAAUGUGUAUUGUCAUUGUGCUGUCUCGACUAAUUCAGACUGCAAGUUGUUCAGGGAAGCCAUAAGCUUGUUACAUAUCAAAUUUGUAUCAUAUGUAUAUAUGGAUGAUACGACUGCAGUUUAAUGCUGUAUUCUUAAGAAAUGAUCAAAAGCAAUUAGCAAAUUCUCAAUUUAACUUGAAAUAAAAAUUUUAUUUGCAGGUAUUUGGAAAUCAAUAUUAAGCCCCUCACCUGCUUACCUGUAGAAUUCAUAGAAUUAAUUUGAGCUCACACGCACGCACACACACACACACACACACACACACACACAUAUUGGUGCGGCUAUACUUAUGAGGACUCUCCAUAGACAUAAUGAUUGCAUGUAUGUGUGUGUGUGUUAAUUAAUGAACUAUAGAUUCUAUCCGCUAAACCUAACACUCACAAAGUACCACACGCUCCAUUGAGAGUGAUAGCCACUAAUCGGGACCACGAGGAGGUUACCCCAUGUGACUCUACCCUCCCUAGCAACCGGGCCAAUUUGGUUGCUUAGGAUACCUGGCUGGAGUCACUCAGCACACCCUGGAUUCGAACACGCGACUCCAGGGGUGGUAGUCAGCGUCAAUAUUUGCUGAGCUUCCCGGGCCACCUGUUUAGUAUGUUUUUACUACCCAAACCUGCCCACACACACACACAUACAUGCAUUUUAUGCAACAUCCUGUGCGUUGAAACUGCAAUCAGUGAAUUGUGUUGGGGCGCUAUGGAAGACCUCUUGACUGCUUGUCCUAUAAAGGAUUCUAGGAUUACACACUCCACCUCCAUCUGCCACCUUUUACACACCAUCAGCUUAAAUACACAAGGCCGCCCUCCACAAACCAUGGUUCACUCUCUCUAUUUUCACUCUUUAUAUGUACACUGCAAAAAAAAAGUCUUAAUAUUUCCGAAGUAAAAAUACCUAAAUAUGCUUAAAAGCAGAUACAUUUUCUUGAGAAACAAAACUGCAUAAGAUAUUAAGACUUGUUUUCAGAAAAUAUACCUUGAGCAAAUAGUUUCUUUUCUUACUUUGAGGAUAAUUGUUACUAAAUUUAGUAAGGGUUAUGCUUAAAACAAGAAAACAUCUUCAAAUUACAUAAUUUUGCUUCUCAAGUCAUUUUAUCUUAUUUAGAUAUUUUUACUGGAGAAAAAGACAAAAUUACUUUUUCUUUGUAGUGUAAAUGUUUUCCCUUAAACCAAGCCUUUGUGUGACUCGAAAGUUUACUUUAAACUAAGGCUGCACAUACUGACCACUCAGAAUCAAUCAACAGGGUGAAACAGAGAUAUAAAGAAAUGUACAGCACAAGAACAAGAACAAUUGUAUAACUUUGUCUUUUAUCAUCACCUACUUUUUAGAUACUUUGCAAACUUAACAUAAAUGAAAGUGGCCAUAACUUUUUAAAGGUUUUAAUCUAGUAAACUUGCCAGAUUUAGGUGCCACCAAUGGUUUUCUGAAACAGAUUGAACCAGAAAACAUGGAUGUGCCUCAAACUAAUGUUCAGCCUUUAUCCUCUGACACAGUUCAGACUCCUGUUAUAUAGUGGACGAAAACCAAUCCAUGAGCAAACUAUCAUUAACCAGUAUCAUUUAAAUUCAAUAAGUGGAAUCAAAUCAAGCAAAGUUGUAAAGGAUGAUUAUUCAUUUAUUCGGGCAAAUGUAAUGUUUCAUUUGUAAGCAAAGUCUUCAACACACAGAUUUCUUUGAGAAAUUACUGAGCCAUUUCUUUCCUGUAUUAUUUAGAGUUAUUGACAGUGGAGGUAAAACAACAUAAUUGGAAAAUGUGAUAACUAUGACACUGUCUUUAAAUUAUGUUUACUGUGUUGAAGUAUAUGGAUAUUGAGCUUUUCUGUAUAUGUGUUUUAAAUGAGAAAGUACCCAUUUUUCUACUAUUUUAAAUAUCAUAGCAGGGGUUUUCUCCUCUUCCCUUUCUUUUCUUUUUUUCCUUCCCUUUUUUUGGUGCUGGUAUUUCCGUAAAUUUCAAUGGAUAUAUGCGCGUGUAUGUUUUGUUCAUUGUUAAAAACUCAAUGUAUUUGUAAUUUCAGUGGCAUUUUAUGAAAUGAUGCAAAAAAUUAUUAUAUUUUGCAGUCCAUUAUGAAAUUGUGAGUCUAUUCAAAUGUUUUGUCACUAUAUCUGUUCUUAAUUUUGGUAAAUCCAUCCACUGGAGGAUGUAAAAAAAUAAAAUAAAUGGAAAAAAA